AUGGGGACUCCGACUCGGACUGUGGAGGACCCCUCCUUUAUGAGAGGGGCUGAGUCGCCUGUUCUUCCGAGGCGAGGUGGAGCACCGGCCAGAGGUCAAGAUACUGCGGAGCCGGGGCAAGACAGCGGGACUGGACGCCGUUAUGUGGACUACAAAAUGGAGGCCGCCCCGAGUUGGGACGGCGAACAGCCGGAGGUGAAGUACAAAAAAUAUGCCCGGAACCUGAAGCUCUGGCUGAUCGAGGCGAGAGAGCGACUUCCUGGAGGACUUAUCGGCAAGAGGAUUAUCGAUGCCAUUCCUUAUGGCAGCCGCCUGGCGGCGAUUUUGGCCCACUUGACGGUGGACGAGAUUACCGAGGACACGGGCUUCGAGAAGAUUGUGUCCCUGAUCGAGGAGGCCCACGACUACCUCCGCGAUGCUAAGCUGGAACAGGCCUUCGACCAAGCCAUCUUCAAAGGCCGGCGGCGGCAGGACCAGUCCCUCAGCGGAUUCGUGGCCACCAAGAAGGCCGCCUUUGGGGAGCUCAAGAGACAAGGCCUGGAUCUUCUGAGCACGGAGGCGGGAAGUCACCUCCUUGGACACCUCUUGCUCAAGCAGGGCAACUUCAGCGAAGAUCAGCGGCAGCGAAUUAAGUUCUUGACAGAUGGCUCCAUCGAUUUCCCCAAGGUGGAGCGGGCCAUCCGGAAGCUCUUUGGCGAGACGGUCGACGAGCCCGGCGCCAGAAGCAAGACGUUCUGGCAAGACAGUGCCGGAGAUGGCUACGGUGACGACGAGGAAGAUGAACCGGCAAGCAGCUUCUGGCAAGACCUCGACGACCAAAGGCCAGACGGUGGUGUCUUUGAGGACCUGCUGGACCUGGACACCGAGACGGGCGAGGUUUACAUGGUCCUCGAGCACGCGGAGGCCGUCGAGUUCAUGGGCGACUACCUGGCCUGGACUAUGUACGAGGAACAGCCCCGAAGCACGAGCAGCUCCGGCCCGCCAAGCGGGAACCAGAGCAGGCCGACAACUGCCAUGUUCUUUGCAGAGCCACCUGUGGCGAGCACAGCGGGGUUUAUGUCCAUGAUUGCGGAGAAGCCGGGCCAGAAGCAGCUGCAAUACAUGCACGAGAGUGAUGUUAGCUCAGCUUACUUUGUUGCCAGCCAACUGCCGCCUGUGCCCCUGAAAUGUCAUGACUUCUUGUCGUACACCUUCGCCACUUCUUUGGAAGCACCAGGCCGGGCUUUGGUGGACACGGCGGCGCAACAUGGGUUGAUUGGCCGGGAAACCUUAGAAAAAUUGGACCAACACCUCUUGACCAACUUUGGCAUGAAGGUCCGGCAUUCGGGCGAGGAUGGGGGCACGGUUCGCGGUGUGUGUGGGGCAGAGGAGCGUACUCCAAUCGCCUAUGUUCCCAUCGGGAUUGGCGGCUGUUCGGGCCUCUUGCGAGUGCAGAUCGUUCCUGGACCAGUGCCAUGUUUGAUACCAGCAUACCUCUUGACAGACAUGGGCAGCAUCAUUGACAUGGUAGGCUUGACUCUAUUCCACACCACGCUUGGAGUGCGCUUCUUCUUGCGCUUGCGCUGGGUGGUGUGGACUCAAGCAGCCAAUGCUCUGAUGAUUGUGGCCCAGCAACCUCAGCUCCGCGACGUCCGUCGCCUGGCCGCAAGGCGCGAACGUCUGGAACGACAAGUUCUGGAGAUGCAGCAGAAGGAGGCAGAGCUGAUGGAGUCUUCGCGCAAGAGUGCCACUGGGAAGGUGCCAACGCUGAACACCAACGUCCUCGACGAGACGGGCCAGCUUCGACCGUUGGCCCAGCACCUUGGGCGAAGUCAGUACUUGGCGCCGGUGUUGCGGCAGUCUCCGACCUGCACUCACCCCAAGGCAAGCGACGGCUGCAACCGAGACUGGAGCUGGACGAAGUGCGAAGCAUGUGGGGCCAUCGAGCAGAUCCCCAAGCUGACGCCGGACCGCAUGACCGAGUGGAACACCGUCCUGGUCUACCAGAGCAACUGCACCCCCACCGCCGACAACGACCACACCAUCGGCGGCUACUUCCCGGACGGGGACUACCAGUCCGGCACGACCGAGCUCAACCCCAACGUUUGGAGAACACUUGCGGCGGACAGCGUCUUCGGCACGAUUAACGGCAAGAGCAGCAGCGGCGAGUACGGCAAAGGCGAGCGGCCAGCGCUCGGAAGGACCGAUGCUCCCAACUAUGGCGGUGGAGCCGCCACUACAUCCCCCUCGUCUCGGCCGAGAUGCGGCGAUGGAGGUGGACCAGCAAGAGUACGAGAUUGGCGCCCCAGACAGCCAAGCGAUUCCUCCACCGACAUCGGCUGGGGAUUGGGAGCACGACAGGGAGAUGAUGGAAGAUGCGCUGAAUCUUCUGAUGCCAGGGGCGGCACCGACGAGGAGCUGCGCGAGAUGUUCAGAGGGGGAGCUGGUGCUGAACUGGCACGAGGAGAGGCAGCGAUACCUCUGGAUAUGUCGAGGGGCGACCCGGACUGCGAGUUCGUGUGGACGGACAAGAUUGAGCUGAACUCGGUGAUUGCAGCGUUCGAGGUGAAGCUUUGCUUUCAGUGCCAGGCCGAGGCCCUGAAGCCACACCAGCUUCGAGACCGGUGGGCGUGGAAGUGCCCGAGCUGUCACGACCAGACCUUGAUGUCUGAGUGGGACGGACGCACCAAUGGAUGGCACUUGGGAGCGGCCUGGAGGAGGAGCAUCGAGAGCUUGGAGAUGCUGGCUACUCUGGUCAAGCCGGCCAACAGCUACGUUUGGGCCUUUACGGGCCGGACUGUACCCAGAACCAAGAAUGCGGUGGCGAAGUCACCCCGAGCAGCGCGGGUGAUCUUUAACGUUGACGAGGGUGAUGUGAAUGUGCUGGACAUUGCAAAGACGCAUGCUGUUGACUACAACCUGGGUGAUGAAGAGGUUACCGUGUUUGCGGUGCAAGAGUUUAAGGCCGACUUUGUGGAGGAGUUGGACGACGUGCGACAUGACGCGAUCGAGGUCACUCUGGACAAGAAUGCCAAGAAAGAAUUGCUGGCGAACUUGAGCCAACUGAGUGGAGGCCAGGACGACGAGCUCUACUGGGACGCCUGCCUUCGUGAACAUGCGGAACUUCAGGUGGAUGUCUUCCGGGAAGAGGGCGAAAAAGCAGGAGCAGGACCAGACUCACCAGCACUACAUGGACUACCAGCAGACCAUCGCAACCACCAGGGCCAUGACUCAGCAGCACUACCUGGACUACCAGCAGACCAUCACAACCACCAGGGCCAGACGACACCGGGGUGCCGGACAGGUAUCGGACAGGCCAGAAGGCACCAAAAGCCACCACAACUUCCAGAACCUGAGGAUCUGAAUGACCGAUGUCGAUCCCUCCGGAAAACAGGGUCGAGAGCCAAAUGGGAGUGUGAGCAGGGUUUCUUGACCAUGCUUUGCGUAGACCCACUUCGAGUUCCAUUGCACGAGGUCGGACCGGGGCAUCGCAACCUGCGAUGGACUGCCAUUCGUGAUGGUAACGCCUGGCGAUGGACCGAGAAAGCUCAGACAGGCAAGCUUGACAGCCGAAUCAUGGAUGCUGAGGCGGUUUUGGUUUACUAUGGAUGGGACCAGUCGGGCCUUGGACCACGACCGGAAGGUGACCACGACAUCUUUGCGGGCCACCCUGGACGAGCUGAGUUUGUCAGGCUUCUUAAGGCAGCUGGAUGUCGAGCAGAAAUCAUACAAUAUGUGCAGCGCGAGUUCAAGUGUGCCGGCUGUGACCUUGAGCAAAGGCCACCUUCGAGAUUGCCGUCGGCAACCCCACGGACAUACGACUUCAACGUGGUCAUCGGCAUUGACGUGCUGUUCGUGCACGGCCUCGACAAGACCGAGCAUCCGGUGUUGAAUGUGACGUGCCUUGGCACCUUGUACUCGACCUUCGGCAUGAUUGAUCCUUUGCGCCGCUCGGCGAAGCUGACGCUCAAAGCCUUCGAGAGACUGUGGGUGAGAACGUUUGGGCCACCCGACUUCCUGAUGUACGACAUGGGUACUGAAUUCACAGGAAGUGACUUCCAGAGCGGCAUCGAGAGAAUGUGCAUCCAGCCGAUUGUCUGUGACCACGAGGCACCGUGGGAAAAUGGUGUGUGUGAAAGAAGAGGUGAUCUCUUCAAGAAAGUGUACUACAAGAGCAGGGAGAUAGCCCAGCCCCGGGACAUGGACGAAGUGGAGCUCUUGAUCUUCGAGUCGGCCUGGGCACUCCAAAUCAACAGGCGCUAUGAGUUGUCGGUGACCCAGGACAAGGCAUGGAACCGGGCAUCGGAGCUCCGAGAUGCUGCAAGAAAGGCGCUGAUGGAACUCGAUGCCAAGGAGCGUCUCCAGCGGGCCAAUCGAUCAAGACCACGGAGACAGAGAGAGGGCCAGGUCUUCUCCGAGGGGCAACCCGUUGUUGUGUGGCGGCAGGGCCGCCGCGGCGCCCUUGCUAAAGUUGGACCCUGUUUUGUUGUCCUCCAACGUGGCUCGACAGUCUGGGUCACAAGGCGUGGAGAAUUGUGGAAGUGUGAUGCUUCGCAAGUCUUCGCAAUGGGGCCACUGGAGGUCCAAGGAUUGGAAGUCAUUCCAAGGGACUUACUGAUGGCAAAAGAGCGGCUCAGGUUUGACAGCGAAAAGCUUGGCUUUGUUGACGUGACGCAGGAGAACCAGCAUGAUGAGAACGAGGUUCACGAAGAGUCGGACCGCGAACAACCGGAGCGACCACGACAACCUGGACAUCAUGAACUACCACGAGGCAAUGACGACAUCGCCGACCUGCCCUCCGAUGUGGGAGACUACUCACCUGAUGAGGUCCAAGAACCACAACAUGAACAACCAGCGGGAGCACCGAGCUUAAAGCCAACAUCCCGAGAACCACCACAUGAACCACCACCACCGCCGAGCAUCAAGCCAACAUCCCGAGAACCACCACAGGAACCACCACCGGGAGCACCGAGCGUGAAGCCAACAUCCCGAGUGACACCACCAAUGCCACCACGUUCUCAGCCUGCAACUUCGUCAACUGCCCUCACCACAACCAACAACAGACCCAUGUGGAACGAUGUCGUUCGGAGGCGGACCGUGAACUCGGACACGGGCGAAGUCAUCGCUGACGAGAGUUCGAUGGUGAUGAACGACCCCGGCAGCUAUCAAGGACUUUGCCGUCCGGUGAGCGAAGCAGCGCUAAGAGCAAACCCAGUGGAUGAGGACAAGCGGCUCUUUGACAAGGGGCUGAAGCGAGUGCACGACGGCGCCGGGCACCAAGGGCAUGCGCAACCCAAGCCCAAGAUUGGUGGCAUGUGGGUUGCCGAUGUGGUGACACCCUGGGGCGACAAGAGGAAAUACCCAGUUAUUGCCAACAGUCGGGACUUGAGUGUCUUUGGGAAGCUGGAAAAAUUCGACGUCCUCUACACCUACUCGGAAUUGCAUUCAGGAUGGAUCUGCCUCACCAAGAAGUCUGGUAAGGAAAUCCAGGAGCGGACGCUGAAUGCCAUGGAGAAGAAGAUGUUUGCAGAAGCGAAGCUGACCGAGAUUCAGAAUCUGGAAGGCUCGUCCGCCAUCUCCUUCGUCACCGACCCCGAGGAGAUCCAGAAGAUUAAGGCGACGUUCUCCCAGAGGAUUGUGCCAUCGAGAUUUAUCCUGACCAAGAAGCAACAAGAAGUUGGUCAGUCUUGGAAGGCAAAGGCAAGGUGGAUCCUGCUCGGACAUCGGGAUCCUGACGCUCAAGAGCUGGAGAGAUAUGCUCCGACGCCAGCGACUCCAACUGUGUACCUCACCUUCCAGUUGCUGAGCAGCAUGCGCUACAAGCUGGUCAUCAUGGAUGUGACCAUUGUUCGCGACCAUGCCCCCGAGCUGAUCAGGGUUCUUACGGCCGUCUAUGGGCUCGUCAACGCGCCCGCCAUUUGGCGGCGGACGGUGCGGAAAGUGCUAUCGGAGCUCGGCUACCUGGAAUCCACGUUCGACCCCUGCUUGUAUUAUUUGCCGUUCUUGGCAAAUGAAAGUUCGCAACUGAUGCGAGGCUGCGCAGGGUUGGUCCUUCUCGACGUGGACGAUUUUGUCCAGGGGGGAAACCCCAGACACGAGGAGCUGAUGGAAAAUCUCCGGAAGAGAUUUCGCUUCGGGAAGUGGAGAUCGAUCUACAAGUCAUCCGGCGAGUACCUCGGAAGAACCGUGUACCAGAAGGAGGACUUUGAGAUUCAGAUUUCCAUGGAGCGCUACAUCCAGGAGAAGUUGCGGCCGAUCGUGCUCCCCAAGGACAAGAUCAAAGACGAGGGGCGUGUCCUGGAUGGUAACGAGACAACUCUGGUUCGAGGAGCCGGAGGAUCGUUAUUAUGGAUGGGGCGAGAAGCCCGACCGGACAUGGGCGCUGCCUGCGCGAUGGCUAUGGCUUUUGGCAAGGACGGGCCGAAGGUUCAGAACGUCAAAUGGAUCAACAAGGCCAUCGCCGAACUGAAGGGCACGAGUGACACCAGGCUCCGUAUACUUCCAAUCCCUCUUGAGGAUGGCCUCUGGAUGGUCUUUUCAGACGCUUCCCUGGGCAAUGCCGAGAAGGACAAAAGCCAAGGUGGUUUUCUGCUCGCCUUCGUGGACAAGGAGAUCAUGGAUGGCAAAGUGGGUCGCUUGAGCAUCAACAGCUGGAAGUCGCAUCGGCUGCGACGAGCGGUGAAGGCGUCCCUUGGGUCGGAGGCUUUGGCACUGGAUGAUGGCCUGGCAGAACUCGAAUGGCUGAAGGCCCUCUACUGCGAGGUCGCGAUCCCUGGGACCUGUGUUAACGAUGGCUCCAGAUACGGAGAAGACGAGACCAUCGCGGAUCGUGAAGGACGAAGAGGAGGCCAUGGCUGCUACGGAUGCCAGGGCGCUCUACGACCUGUGGCACCGACGAUCCGGAGCUGCUGGACUCUGCCGACGUGCACAACUGGAUGUGGCGGUGAUGAGUAA